AUGGCUGUCUGGGAAAGAAAAAAAUACAAAUUAGAAAAGAGUGAAAACUUCGACGAAUACAUGAAGGAAUUGGGUGUCGGUAUGGUUCUACGCAAAAUGGGUAACAGUAUCAGCCCCACCGUUGAACUGAAGAAGGAUGGUGAUAAUUACUCUUUCACCACUACCUCAACCUUCAAGACAACCACGGUCAACUUCAAGCUGGACGAGGAAUUCGAUGAAGAGACACUUGAUGGUCGCAAAGUGAAGAGCGUCUUCACUCUGGAUGGCAACAAAUUGGUGCAAGAACAGAAGGGUGACAAACCAUCGACCAUUAUUCGUGAAUUCACUAACUCCGAGCUAGUGACUACUCUCACCCUCAACGACGUGAAGUCCGUCAAGUCUAAGUUUACCGAUAUUGUGUUUUUAUGA